ACCGUCUGUGGCGACGGACAUGCACAAUGGUUCGCGUCCGGGUCUGGACUAUAUGUACUACUGCGAAUCCGUCGGACGACAGGCCCAUGGAAAGAUCCUGGACAAGAUCGUUGACCGACACGAACGACAUUUGGAUCCAACUCGAAUCCUGAAACGAACAGAGUUGGUCAUCUACAACUUCCCAACACCUAGCACAACAAACCUUUGCAAAGCUUGUCGCUCCCAGCCAUAUCCUUUCUAUAGGCGAAGAUGAAGUGGGAGGAUGAUGGCUAUGCGCGCAGGGACGAUGAUGGUAGACCGGUGACGUUUGAAGAGUAUCGACAGAAGUCGGUCGGUACCGCCAACAAGAAUUUCAGAUGGAACUUGACCACGGGCGAUCUUAAGAUGUUUGCCGUCACAGGCGUCGGCUUCUUCCUUGAUUCAUAUGACUUGUUCAUCAUCAACCUAGUGACACCAGUAUGGCUCUACGAAUACUGGGGGGGCCUCGAAGGCCGUAAGCCCCAUUACCCGCCUCUUCUCCGAGGUCUUGUCAACGCUGGGUCAAACAUUGGCAACAUCUUCGGACAGCUGAUCUUCGGCUUCCUCGGCGACGUCUUUGGUCGGAAGUUUGUGUACGGCAAGGAACUGAUCGUGGUGAUCAUCGGCACCAUCCUGACCAUCAGCCUUCCCAACGACAUUCCGACGCCCACGCUGAAAAUGAUAUGGCUUUUCUGUUUCCGUAUGCUCAUGGGCGUCGGUAUCGGAGGCGAUUACCCCAUGUCCGCGUCGAUCGUGUCGGAGAGGUCCUUGCUGCCAAAGCGUGGUCAGCUGUUGGCGUGGAUCUUUUCGAACCAAGGCUGGGGCACACUCACGGGCUCCAUUGCGACGAUCAUCAUUCUUACAUGCUUCAGCCACGCCCUAGAUAUAGAGGGACACUACAACCAACUAGAUGCAGUUUGGCGAAUCCAGAUGGGCCUUGGGCUCGUUCCUGCUUUCGCCACGCUUUACUUUCGUCUCACAAUGCCGGAAGGUCGGAAGUACCUACAGUCUCGGGAACUGAACCAUGCCGCCGUGACGAAUCAUAAAGGAGGCAACAGCGUCUCGAAAUCGGCGGCGCAGGAACCGGAGCUGAACUCCCUAAGCAACGGCAGCGUUCUAACCGAUGCUGGUCCUUCUGCCUUCGAUACCACGACCCCGGCCGAGGAGAACAAGCUCACUCCCACCAGCAGCACCGAAGGACGGACGAAGUACAAGGCCUUCUUUGUCCACUUCAGCAAGUGGAAGAACCUCAAAGUCCUCCUGGGAACCACCUCGACUUGGUUCCUGCUCGACGUGGCCUUCUACGGCACGAACCUGAACCAAUCGGUCCUCCUGGACGAAAUUGGCUUCGAUACCGGCAAGAACGAAUAUGACCUCCUGAUGCGGAACGCGAUCGGAAACCUCAUCAUCGCUGUCGCCGGCUACGUCCCCGGAUAUUUCUUCACCAUCUUCUUCAUCGAGAAGCUCGGCAGGAAGUGGAUCCAGAUCCAAGGAUUCCUCAUCGUCGCGUUGAUGUUCGGUAUCAUAGCUGGCGACUACGGCCAUCUCGGGACGGCCGGCAAGUUCGUCUGCUUCGCUUUCGCGCAGUUCUUCUUCAAUUUUGGCCCCAACUCGACGACGUUCAUCGUCCCUGCCGAGGUCUAUCCUUCACGGGUACGUGGGUUGGCGCACGGUACCAGUGCCGCCGUCGGCAAACUGGGCGCCAUCCUGUCCGCGCUGCUCUUCAAUUACCUCAGCGGUCCGAACAUCAUCGGCCUCGCGAAUGUCCUGUGGGUGUUUUUCGCCUGCAAUGUCUUGGGCGCGAUCAUCACCUUCUUCCUGAUCCCCGAAACCAAGAACAAGGACGCCGAUGUGGCCGACUAUGAGGAGUGGCAGGAGAGACAGGCGAAACUCAACCCGGAGAAAGUCUGAGGAGAACUAAACGAAAAAAAAGUGCUGCAAAGUUCCCCGUGCGUUUUCGAUGUCGAAUAGGGGAACGGGACCUUGCAUUGACGGCGCUGCUUUCCAUUUAUUACCAUCUACCCGGUUUAAUCUUACCAUGUUAUCACAUUUUGUCGAAGGCAGUAUACUAUUUUCUGGGGCGUGGCCGCCGGAUCAAUCUGAC